UUUAAUGUUUUCAUUGGCCUGAAAGUAUUUGCGAUCUUUACAUGGAUUGGUUGUUGAUUGUAAUCGAAAGAUUUUCACAAAUCCUGCUUAUGUAUCGUAUACCAAGGAAUAGAGUAGAUAGAUUGUAUGAGAAGUGAUUGUGCCGGUAUUACAAGUUUGUAAAGUUUAGGUCCAUUGCAUCGUUUCUGACGGGAAGCAACAAGUGAUCACGAGAAAUAGAUCACACGUAUGCAUGUAGUAUACGAUAAUACCUAUAUUGACGGAGGACAUAGACGCAAGUGUGUAAGACUGUACAUCCAAUUAGUGUGUGUAUGCGAGCCAACCGCGUGCGGGCGGUUCCCACACGUCCGUGCAACAAGUGUCAUAUACGGCAGCGCGAUUAAUUGUUUCAAAGAGCGCUGUACAUGGUGUUCAUUCUUUCUUCACCGGAUAAAAAGAAUCACCGGCAAAAAUGGGCUGCGCGGUGAGUACUACCGGCGAGAAAGAAGCUGCAGAAAGAUCUAAGAAGAUCGACAAGGAUCUUAGAGCUGAUGGGGAGCGGGCCGCUAGUGAGGUCAAACUCCUCCUCCUUGGAGCUGGAGAAUCUGGAAAAUCUACUAUAGUAAAACAAAUGAAAAUUAUUCAUGAAACAGGAUACAGUAAAGAAGAAUGUGAACAAUAUAAACCUGUAGUUUGCAGUAACACAGUUCAAAGUCUUAUGACAAUAAUUAGAGCCAUGGGUCAGCUUCGAAUUGACUUUGCAGAUCCUAAUAAAGCGGAUAUAGCACGUCAAUUUUUUACCCUAGCUUCUGCUGCAGAGGAGGGUGAACUAACUGGGGAACUGGCAUUAUUAAUGAAACGAUUAUGGCAGGAUGCUGGAGUACAACUUUGUUUCACCCGCAGUAGAGAAUAUCAGCUAAAUGAUUCAGCAGCAUAUUACCUUAAUGCUUUAGAUCGCAUAGCUCAGCCUAAUUACAUUCCUACUCAACAAGAUGUUCUUAGAACACGUGUAAAGACAACAGGAAUAGUGGAAACACAUUUCUCCUUUAAAGGUUUACAUUUUAAAAUGUUUGAUGUAGGAGGUCAAAGAUCAGAAAGAAAAAAAUGGAUACACUGUUUCGAAGGAGUUACUGCUAUCAUUUUUUGUGUUGCAUUAAGUGGAUAUGACUUGGUACUUGCAGAGGAUGAAGAAAUGAAUAGAAUGAUAGAAUCAAUGAAACUGUUUGAUUCUAUUUGUAAUAGCAAGUGGUUUGUUGAGACAUCAAUUAUUUUAUUUCUAAACAAAAAAGAUCUUUUUGAGGAAAAGAUCACAAGGAGCCCAUUGACUAUUUGUUUCCCAGAAUAUAAAGGUGCUAAUACUUAUGAAGAAUGUGCUUCUUACAUUCAAAUGAAAUUUGAAAAUUUGAAUAAAAGAAAAGAUCAGAAACAAAUUUAUACACAUUUUACAUGUGCUACUGAUACAUCUAAUAUUCAGUUUGUAUUCGACGCUGUAACUGAUGUUAUAAUCAAAAACAAUUUGAGUAAUUGUGGUUUAUUAAGUUAAAUAUUUUAAUACUCAAAUUAAAAAGAGUAAAUUGAUAUUCAAGGUGUAUAACUUGUCUAAGCACAAAAGAUACACAUGAGACUGAAAACAAAUUGUUAGAAACAGAUAUGUUUUGGGUAUAUCCAUAUAUACCAAUCAUGCAAUAUCUUCAUUUUCUCAUUUCAUUUAGUUUUUACAAUAUUUGGAUAUACAUAAUAUUAUGAAAUAAUUUGUUAAAUUCUAUAUUUCAUUCUUUAUAUUUUUUUUAAUGCUAAAAUUUGACAUUUUUUUGUAAUUAAUUAAUUUUAAAUUUAUUGAUUUCUUUUAAAUGAUAAAUAAUUUUAAAUUAAAAUACUUGAAAAUUGAAAUUAUAUAUUAUUUUGAUAAAAAUAAAUAUUAUUUGCAGAUAAACAAAUAUUUGGUAUCUGCUAAAUAUGUUUAGUAUAUUAAUCAGAAAUUAGUUAGCUAUUAAUUUAGUAAUAUCGUUUUGUAUAUAAUUUAUUCAUUAAAAGAAAUAUGUUUAUACUGAAUGGAAAUAUAUUUCCAUAACAGUGUUCAAAGCCAUUCAUUUCUUUUAUAAUAAAUUGUUGAUAUAGCAAUGACAGACACAAUUCAUUGUGUUAACAUAUAUUUAUACAAAUUAAAUUUGAUAAUAAUUUUUGUAAAACUUUUUUAUACGUAUCAGUAGAUAAUAUUUAAAGUGUUGUCAUUAUUGUACUAUCAAAUAAAUGACAAUACUAGGAUUAAUUACAGAUUUAGAAAACAGUUUUAUUAUAUGAAUACUGAAAUAAAUAAAAUUUUUUUUAAAAAAA